UUUAAUACUUGUCAGUGGAUGUAGGAUAGGGACAGAGAUAUUGAACGGAAUGGGAAUGGAUGUGAGAAAAUAUAUAAACGUGUGAAAGAUUUCAGCAAGGAUGGGGCAGUAUAAACGAUAUGCAUGUUAAUUGAUUUUUAUUAUUAUGUGUGCUUUAUUCUGUUUUGCUUGGUUUAUUUUCACAGACAUUGAAGAAGACGAUGCACAUUCAUCUGGUCUUCUAAAAUACAAGGGCUGAUGGAGACCUGAAAAUGCACCGGGUUUCUUUUUUCAGCGAAUAAGGGCAAAAAAACAAAUAGUGUUAUUGAGAAUACAUGUUCACAUUGGCUUUGUUUUUGUUUGCCAUCUUUUUGUUUGCUUUUUAUUGUUUUGUUUGUCCAUUACACAUUAGCGUUAUGAUAUGCUCUGGAGGAAUUUUGAUGGCUCUGAUGACAUGAGAGAACUGCAAUGGGCUACGAAUGAAUGAAGAACGACAACAUAGUCGGCUAACUUAAAGCGGGAACGGGAAUGAAGGUUCAGCAUUUUUCUUGCCCGAGGAUAACUGUAUGCGGUGCAGCUGGUUACAUUCUGGGAGAGGUAUCAGAUUUUGAAAGUAAAUACCAGAGGGCGUUAAGAAAGAACACGGAGUUGUAAUACGCUGCAUUUCGGAGCGAGUGGAUUUUGAAGGGUCAUUUGGAGAUCAGAGAAGGCAGUGGCGCUUGCAACCCCUUCCAACGAACACAAGCGCACCGCGGUCCUAUGCGAGCAAACCAUACUUUAUGUGCCUUGUGUGCAUAAUCGGAAUUAAACAGGGACUGUUAAUCAUGAGUCUUCUUUCAUAGUAGCGGCUUCCCCUUCGCGUUUGUGGCGAAUUCAUAAUUCGGAAUGGAAACUGCAAAAUCCAUAUUAUUUAACGUUUACGAAAUGUUUGGGGUCAAGUACCAUACACUUCUAUGGAAUUGAUGUAAAAGCAUCACCAUUGAAGAGCUGGAUUGAAAGUCAUGUUCUGAAGGCAACCGAAUCUCGAAAAGCUCACCAAACCACUAUCUGCCAUCAAGGAUAUACACAGCGGUAUACAAGGGGUCGGAGGAGACCUACAGCAAGACCCAUAGUGGGAUAAUUUAGCUUCGCUGUCAGGACCAUUCAGAUCAGCACAUAAAGCAAAAUGGGGGAGCAGCCAAUCUACAGCACCCGUGCCCACGUCUUCCAGAUCGACCCCAACACCAAAAAGAACUGGGUCCCCACCAGCAAGCACGCAGUCACCGUCUCCUACUUCUAUGACAGUACGAGGAAUGUCUACAGAAUCAUCAGUCUGGAUGGCUCCAAGGCAAUAAUAAACAGCACCAUCACGCCGAACAUGACUUUCACCAAGACGUCGCAGAAGUUCGGGCAGUGGGCGGACAGCCGGGCCAACACGGUGUACGGCCUGGGCUUCUCCUCGGAGAACCACCUGUCCAAGUUUGCAGAAAAGUUUGCGGAGUUCAAGGAGGCAGCUAGGCUGGCCAAGGAGAAGUCUCAGGAGAAGAUGGAACUGACGAGUACUCCGUCUCAGGAGUCGGCAACAGGAGACAUCCAGUCACCCCUCACGCCCGAGAGCAUCAAUGGCACGGACGAUGAGAGGGUCACGCCCGAGGCCACCCCAAACUCCGAACCGCGAGCGGAGACCUCACCGAACGCCCUGCCCUUCCCUCACAGCUCCACCAUCAACAAGCACUGGGAGGCGGAGCUGGACGCUCUGAAGGGAAACAAUGCCAAGCUAACGGCGGCGCUGCUAGAGUCCACAGCCAACGUCAAGCAAUGGAAGCAACAGCUGGCAGCCUAUCAGGAGGAGGCUGAGAGGCUACACAAACGGGUCACAGAGCUCGAGUGCGUGAGCGGUCAGACCAACGUGAUAAAAUCUCAAAAGACGGAGCUCAACCAAACCAUUGAGGAGCUGGAGGUCACGCUGAAGGCAAAGGAAGAGGAAUUGGAGCGGUUGAAAGAAGAGGUAGACAAUGCUAACCAGCUGCAGGCUCAGAGAGACUCACUCACGCAGAAACUGCAGGAGACGGAGACCAGGAACAAGGACCUGGAGGCCCAGCUGUCGGAGCUGGAGCAGCGGCUGGAGAGCAGCCAGGCGGAGCAGGAGACCUUCCGCAACAGCCUCAAGACCCUGCUGGAGAUCCUGGACGGGAAGAUCUUCGAGCUGACCGAACUGCGGGACAGCCUGGCCAAGCUCAUCGAAGGCAGCUAGAGCGCCCCCCUUCCCGCCUCCGCCCGGGAUAGCUACACGCUGGCGCAGUGCAGAAACACGCAACACACAAACAAACUGGUGGUGCCCACCAUGGAGUCCUGCCUACCUUACAUUCACCCCCUCUGAACCCAGAGAACACUUAUUCAUUUUAAAACAUACAAUAUGAUUCUGCUGAUUUUUUUUUUUCUUUUGCUUAGUUUU